UUUUUUUUUGUUUUUAAUCUUUUAUAUAUUUACAUUGUUAUAAUGAGCUUUGAUUCACUUUCUAAAGGAGAAAAUGUGUUGUUUGUAGCGCCUGCCACAGUUGAUCAAUCAACUUUUAUUAAAGUGAAAUCUUCUGCUCAACAACAAGUGGGGAUUGAGGGACAAACUGCUUUUGAAGUAUUUGAUAGAGUUGCUGAAGCACCAUUAAAUAAAUCAAGCUUCAAUGUAAUUUAUUCAAAUCUCUUUCCCCCUUCUGUCUCCAUCCACACAUCUAGUAUAUUUUCUCGUUAUUUAAAUACUUUAACUGCAGGUGGUCGAUUGGUCUUGGAAGAAGUUGUUUUAUUGGUUGAUUUAGCAAAUACAGUAUGUCCUAUUACACGCAGGUCUUCUGAUUUACAAUCUUUAUUAAAACUAGCCGGUUUUGUAGAUGUGACAGUAAAGGAUGUAACUCCUGUUAACGAUGCAACAUUGGCUGCUUAUUUCUCUUUAUGGGGUACAACUAGAAUUGAACAAGGGGUGAGUCGAUUAAGUGGUAAAUUUGGUAUAGCCCAUAUUGAAGCAAAGAAGCCUACAUAUGAAAUUGGACAAAAGAUAUCAUUAAAUUUUGGUAAAAAUAAGAAUAAUAACAAAAGAGCAGUAUGGGCAAAUGUGUCGACAGAUGAUCUAGAAGAUGAAGAUGCAUUAUUAGAUGAAAGCGAUAAAGUGAAGCCGAGUAAAGAAUCUUUAACGAGACCUGAUGACUGUGAGUUGACAGAUGGGAAGAGGAAAGCAUGUAAAAAUUGUACUUGUGGUAGAGCAGAAGAAGAAGAAGGAUCAAUGGAACAACAAGAUAACGUUGUAUCUCUCGAUUUAAUGGAUGAUUUUGAAGAUGAAGUAGUUGAAGUUGAUCCUACACCAAAGAAGACAGGCGGAUGUGGUAGUUGCGCUUUAGGCGACGCUUUUAGGUGUUCAACAUGUCCUUACUUGGGUAUGCCUGCCUUUAAUACAGGAGAAAAAAUCGCUCUAGGCGGUAUGUUUGCUCAGGAUGAUAUUGAAUUUUAAGGGAAAAAAAUAAAUAAAUACCACCUCUUGAUGAUAAAGAAGAAGGGAAAUAUCUUUUUAUUAUUACUAUCCUAUUAUUAUGUGUAGAAUAAUAAAUGCUUGUUUAUAUUACUACAAACACUAUUAUUUAUAAUAAAAAGCUAUCAUUGUUGUUUAUUACUACUACU